AUGGCCGUGAUCCCAAUGUACCUCAUCGUCUCUGCUUUCGUGUCCUCGGCAUGGGUGACCGCAAUGGAUGUCGAUGAUCCGGACAUGGUGCUCACGAAGGCGGCUGAGGCUGGCUAUGAGGAUGCUUCGCUGAAGCGUGCUCUCCACAAAAGCUUUCGUGCAGAAUGUCAUUUCAAGGCUUGGGGUGGCGAGAUUGAUGGAGUACAAGGACGAGUUGGGGCUCCCAAGGCCGUGCGUCAGCAGGUGUGGUACUUGAUCUCCAUAGUUGUUGAGAAGGGUGCUCCUGUGCGUCUGGAUCGAUCCCUGGAGGCUGAUAGAUUCGAGGCUCCUCGGGAGACGUCGCAGUUUGCCAGCGCAUGUGCAGAAAGUUUGCCUUGGGCGGUCGCAUCUAGCUAUGCGUUUAGGGAGACAAGCCACAUCAACCUUCAGGAAGCUCGAGCUCUUCGGCGCGAGAUUCGGCGCUUGGCCAGUUGCUUUGACAAUGCAGGUCGGAUACAAGUUUGCUUGAAUGAUUCUAUGGUUUGUGUGUUUGCCUUUUCGAAGGGACGUUCCUCAUCCUUGAAGCUGAACAACAUUCUCCGAGGGUUGUUGCCUUACCUUGUGAUGGGUGAUGUUGCUCCUGCCUUGCUGUGGAUAGAGACGGCCGCCAACUUUGCAGACCAUCCUUCACGCUUCCGUCCACUUCCUCCUCCUUGCGUACCUCUAGGUUGGUUGCAAGAUUUCGGCAUCUUCGGCUGGGCCUCCUAUGCAACCUUCAGUGGAUGCUCCUCCAUGUUCCUCUUUCUCACCACUGCGGUGUUCGCAGCCAUCAUGUGGAUAUGUGCGCUUACAGCGGAGUUUGCGGUAAUCCUUGCCGAUGCCUGCUUCGCUUGGGCGUCAGGGGUGGAUGAGUGGUUGGAACAAUUGGUGGAGUGGUCGUAUCGCAAUGGUGAAAAGUUGUACUGGGUCACCCUGGGAGUCCUCAGCCUACAGAGGCUGGCUAAAGUGGUGGUGCUCGAGUUCCGGCUCGGCGCUCAUUUUCUUCAACUCAGCCGUCGCAAAUGGGGCAAGGAUGCGCUGGAGAGCCUGCAGCUAGGAUCAGAAGCUGUUGACGAGGGAGGCAGGAAUGCUUCGCAAGCUCUUGAGGAUCCUGAGGGGGAAGGUGGCCCUGCAGCAGCGCCUGGGCUUGCUCCAGUGCGACCUCGACCAUUGCGAACUGGUGCUUCCCAACCGGACGGUGCCACUCAACGUGUAGAUGCCCCGUGGUGGUCUUGGCGGCCCUCGCGCUGGAAGUGGUCAAUUUUCUUCAUCUUGGGGAUCGCGGUGUUGUUCCCUCGGAUUGUGGCUCUCUUGAUCGCUCUAGUCAUACGCUUGAUUGAUCGAGCUGUGAUGGGACUUACCUUGCAAGUCCUAAAAGAGCUUUGGGCGCAGGCUCUUUUGGCCGCCGCCGCAGUGGAGGAUAAUUUUGCUGCGUGGUUGAACGUGCAGCUCGGGAUAGUCAUGGAGCCACCUCCUUUACUGACUCAUGGGCCAGCUGUAGCACCGCAGGCUCCUGCAACUAUGCUGCAGCCCCACCCAACCCGGCCCAUUGAUGUGCUGAUUAUUCUUCUCCUCGGCUACAACAUCCGAUUGGGAUGGGGCGGUCAG